AUGGCGCUUCCUCCGAUCGCAAAGGCCACUUUGCAGGCUGCUUUGAUCAGUGCCGGGUCAAACGUGCUUGCGCAAGGAAUUACUUCUUAUCGGAAUGAGACGCCCUUUGAGCUUGACUCCCAAGCGCUGUUCCAAUUCACGACUAGCGCGCUCAUCUUGUCGCCAUUGACUUUUCUCUGGCUUGAGACUCUCGAGUCUCGAUUCCCCGGGUUUGAGCAGAACGAACCUAAACCGGGAACAGAGAAAGGCAAGGCGAAUGUGAAUGUGAAUGAAAAAGAGGAGCAGACGCCAAAGCUCAAUGUUAAGAACACUGUGGCAAAAAUCGUGGUCGAUCAGGUUGUCGGCGGCGCAUGGAACACUGUCGCAUUCAUCGCGACAAUAGGCCUCUUACGGGGCUACGACUAUGAAGUCAUCAAGGAUGAAAUAACAAAUAAUUUCUGGCCAUUUAUGCUUGCCGGUCUCAAGCUCUGGCCGUUUGUUUCGGUCCUGAACUUCACCGUGGUCCCCGCUAGCCAACGUCUCCUUGUUGGGAAUCUAUUCGGUGUCGUCUGGGGUGUCUAUCUCAGUCUUAUGGCAGCAUAA